UCUAUCGGCCACGGUCAGCUAUCGUCAUCGCAAUUGUUUUGAGGUGUUAAGAAGUUAAUUGAUAAAUUGACAUUUUUACCACAAUAUAAUUUUAAUUUCUAAUCAGCCAGCUUGAAAAAAACUUUGUUUUUAUACACCCCACACAGCACGAAAAAACACUGAAAUACCACAAUACUGGGCACACGAUGGAAGAUCCCAAAUUGGCCAAGUCACCGGAGCUGCCCACCACAUCAUCAGGGGCAUCAUCGUCGAGCACAUCGUCAACGGAGAACGUAGGAUACGACAAAAUUGCCUGGACUCGGGACAUUACGGAGCCUUUGUCAGAGGAAUCAUCGACAAGUCAACUGCGUCCGCUGGGAACAUCGAUGUCAUCUGAUUCUGCAGAAGAAGCAGCGACUACAUCCAACACAUCGUAUUCGUUUACGGGCGAUUUCCUUUCCGGCGGCAAUAUUGCCGAUCUGAAGUCGGGCACUACGUUUACGGGAACUGAGAACGGAUCCAAAUCCAAUGAGAAGGAUAAGGAAAAGGAGCAGAACGAUGAGUCGCUCUACGAGUGCAAUAUUUGUCUGGACACAGCGAAGAAUGCCGUGGUGAGCAUGUGUGGACACUUGUUUUGCUGGCCCUGUCUGCACCAGUGGCUUUUGACCCGACCCAAUCGCAAACUCUGCCCCGUGUGCAAAGCUGCUGUCGACAAAGAUAAAGUCAUUCCGCUCUACGGAAGAAAUAGCACGCACCAGGAAGAUCCUCGAAAUAAAGUUCCACCACGCCCCGCUGGCCAUCGUACAGAACCAGACCCUGCUCCCGGUUUUCCAGGGUUCGGAUUCGGAGACGGUUUUCACAUUUCAUUUGGUAUUGGAGCUUUUCCCUUUGGAUUUAUAACAUCAUCCCUAAAUUUUGGCGAACCUCGUCCUGCUGCUGCCAAUCGUGGCACAACGCAAUACGAGGAUGAGCAAACCCUUUCGAAGCUCUUUUUGUAUCUGGCCUUUUUGUGCAUCUGCUGGCUGCUCUUUGCAUAGCAACCUGCAAAUUGUUGAAGACAUCACAGCGCGUUAACAGAAAGUAUAUAAAAUUGAGUAUGGAAAGCGUCCGAAGUAAUCGUAUAGCAGUAUCCUCCAAUUAAAAAACAAUAUUCUUAAACAUGUUGGGUAAAAAGUCGUCGGUGGGGUUAAUUGAAAUAAAUUGAUUACUUUUUGGUUAAAAUUGUAAUUUGAGAAUUUGUAAAAAAUAAUUGGAUUCACAUGUGUAUUUCCAAAUUGUUUUAUUUUGCGAGAACCUACGACUCUCAACAAAAGUAGAAGACUUCAAAUCAUUUCUUCGGCAUGUUCUCGGAUCGCAUUGAUUUAAUAAAAAAGUAGUUGUCAAAAAUUGUAAAAAUAUUAAUAUAAUAAACUCUAUAAAAAAAGUAAA